UCAUCAUCAUCAUCAUCAUCAUCAUCAUCAUCAUCAUCAUCAUCAUCAUCAUCAUCAUCAUCAUCAUCAUCAUCAUCAUCAUCAUCAUCAUCAUCAUCAUCAUCAUCAUCAUCAUCAUCAUCAUCAUCAUCAUCAUCAUCAUCAUCAUCAUCAUCAUCAUCAUCAUCAUCAUCAUCAUCAUCAUCAUCAUCAUCAUCAUCAUCAUCAUCAUCAUCAUCAUCAUCAUCAUCAUCAUCAUCAUCAUCAUCAUCAUCAUCAUCAUCAUCAUCAUCAUCAUCAUCAUCAUCAUCAUCAUCAUCAUCAUCAUCAUCAUCAUCAUCAUCAUCAUCAUCAUCAUCAUCAUCAUCAUCAUCAUCAUCAUCAUCAUCAUCAUCAUCAUCAUCAUCAUCAUCAUCAUCAUCAUCAUCAUCAUCAUCAUCAUCAUCAUCAUCAUCAUCAUCAUCAUCAUCAUCAUCAUCAUCAUCAUCAUCAUCAUCAUCAUCAUCAUCAUCAUCAUCAUCAUCAUCAUCAUCAUCAUCAUCAUCAUCAUCAUCAUCAUCAUCAUCAUCAUCAUCAUCAUCAUCAUCAUCAUCAUCAUCAUCAUCAUCAUCAUCAUCAUCAUCAUCAUCAUCAUCAUCAUCAUCAUCAUCAUCAUCAUCAUCAUCAUCAUCAUCAUCAUCA